GUCCCUGGUCCUACCAUCCUGCCUGUGCUCUGUUGUUGCUUGUUGUUGCUUGUUGCUGUUGCUGUGCUUUUCUAUCUCUCUAUCCUCUCACCCCAACCGGUCGAGGCAGAUGGCCGCCCACAUCCAGUCUGGUUCUGCUGGAGGUUUCUUCCUCGUUAGAGAGGGAGUUUUUCCUCUCCACUGUUGCUGUCAAAUUAAAUGCUUGCUGUAUGUGGGAUUUGUUGGGUUUAGUUGUGUGAGGUUUUAAACCUUACUUUGUAAAGUGCCUUGAAAUAACUUUGUUGUGAUUUGGCGCUAUAUAAAUAAAAUUAAAUUGAAAAUUGAAUUGAAUACCCUGCCUCUCGCCCAUAGCCAGCUGGGUUAGGCUGCACCCCCGUGACCCCGCAUUAGGGAAUAAGCGGCUUGGAAAAUGGAUGGAUGGAUGGAAUUGUAUUAAAUUGCAGUCUAUUUGACUGCAAAUGUCAUAAUGUAGGGGACACUUGUGUGCUAGGAUAUGAGGUGCAAAAAUAUGUGUAUGUGAAGUUUUCGAAUAAUAAAGAAGUAAAAUCUUCAGUUCUGUCUGAAGAAAAUUUUACUAAUUUAAUUUAUUAUUUACUAAUUUUAAUUUAUUUUAAUAUACCUAUAGGAAGAGGUCUCGGCAACUUUUAAUCUCCAAAUAAUGCUACUGUAGCACAAUUAGUGUACAUUACCUCAGCAAAAAGAUGGUUUAGAUGUAGUGAAGCAGGACAAAGUUAUAACAAUUUUAAUGCAAACAGUCAGAUCAGGUUAUGAGUUGACUACUGUGAAUUAGUGAUGUGUCAUGAGCAGAAGAAUCGGCUCUGAGAGCCGAUGCUUUGUAGUGAAUCAGUAGAACCAGCUGAAAAUACCAACCCGAGAUUGACAGGCCUGUCUGCCAGUGAGAAUCGCCUGAUGUAUUUUAUGGCCUCUGUGCAAUAAAAAGGGUUAGCGAGCUAUUAGCUUAGCAGUUGUCAUUUUUAGCUCAUAACUCACUUAAAUGCGAUACCUAGCAUGGUUUUGCAUGAGAUUAGAUUUACAUUUAUAUUCUUUAGAUCUUUACCUUUCAUUUGAUUUAAGUGUCAGCGAUAAAGCCAUAAAUGUGUUGCAUGCUAAAGUUAGCAGCUAACACAGGUAUCUUACAUACUACCUAAGGUCGUUUUUGUAAUACUACUGAGGGUGUAUACAGUUAAACUAUUAUAUAUGCAUGGACCAGUAUAAGGGACUAGGUACGACUACUGGAGCAGUUAGGGCUUCUGAAUAAGAAAUUAGUUAAAAAAUAAUAACCACAGACCCAGGGAUAUGAUAAAAUAGCCAGCUUAUUGUUUAUAAAGAAGAAAGCACAUUUCACAUACAAUAAAAUAAACAGACAUUGUUCAUACCAACUUACACAACCAAAAAAACAAUAAUCCUUCCCAGAUUUGGUAAAGAUAAGGUUUCCUCUAGCUUUCUUUUGUAUCCUUAGAGUCUGUCUUUUCCACUGGUUUUUCUAGUUAGGUUUUUCCUAAUUAGGUUUUUUCUAGUUACUGUAGUUUCCUUUUAGUUAGGUUGCAACUGUAGUAUAUUUAUUUGUGUAUCAUAUCAUAUAUUAUUUGUAGUAUAUUUAUGUAUCAUAUCAUAUAUUAUUAUAUAGGUAGUGAACAAUCUGUUCCGGUCAGGUUAAGAUGCAGUGACUGUUCCGCAACCCUUGUAGUUUGGCAGGGUCGUUGUCUGGGGAGCAUCUGGGAUAGACUCCAGGAAACAGACAUUUACAUUUACUUUUAGCAGUAAAGUUGAUCAUUGCUUAUGGGAGAAAUACAACGGCUAGAUGGGUUCAUGUGUGUCCUCAGUGACUGGGGUUAAAGAGUUUGCUUAAACUGGGUUCACAGAAUCUGUUGCCUAACAAUGUUUAUCCGAGCUGUUCCUAUAAUAAUAUAGGAACAGGAAAUAUAUAGGAAAUAUUCAAAAUGUCACGCCGACCUGGGAAAGGAACUAGGAGGUUGAUGGUGGGCCAGAUGGAUCCGGGAGCUGGACAGAUAACACGGCCCAGCGCCAGGACUUUCCAAGUAGCCGAGAAAAACAUCUACACGUCCUUAUUUGGACAUGUGGAAAGAUUUUAGGUGGUGGUUAAAGCAGGCCUUCACAGGCUGGGGUUUUCAGAGCGCUUCGCAGAGGGUCCGCUGGUAGCACACAGCUGACUUUUUCCGACCUCUCAGUUCUCUCUGCAGAGGAACAAGCAGGUGAAUUCGGUCUCUGCCUCUCUUGCUAUUACUCUUUUGUAAUCAUUAUCUGAUUGUUUUGAUUUGUCAUGUAUAAUAAAUUUGUAUGCUAUUGAUUUAAAAUUCAAAGUUGAGUUCUUGUGAAAUCUCUGUCGAAAAUCUCUGGUUGAAGAAAAGAAAAUACACGACACAACCUAGUAUUUCAGUUUAUGUUGUUCUACGUUUUGAUUGAGUUGACUUAGGGCCUAGUUUAGUUUCAGGGCUACAGUAAUGUCAAGGGGUUUGACAAAAUGUAAACUAUUGGUUGUUCAUAACCAAACCAUCUGUAAAUAAUACAAUCAACAAAAUCAAUUAUUGUCUGGCAAACCAAAAUUAUAUAAACUGUAUCAAUCAAAACGGCAAAAGGCUAAACAUAUGUAUAUCCCAGUAAAUUGUCCGUUGGCUCUUUUAAAGGUCCAUGCACAUGCAAAAUUCACUUUUUGGACAUUCUAGUAUGUUUAUUUGACUCCCUGGAUCACGUUAAAACACUCCUGGUGUGUUAGAAGUACACCCCCUACCUUUUUCACAUUUUUGAGAGUUUAUCCAAUUCAACUCUCAAAAAUGUGAAAAAGAUGGUUCAAGAACCAUUGUUUUUUUUGUUUUUUGUUCUGUCCAGCAGUUUAACAAGCAGCAUAUAUUACGCUGAAUGCCAUAUUGUGAUGGACAGCUUUGCUUUACCAAGAGGGGUAUAUAUAAAAUACAUAUACUCUUCUUGAUUAAUGCUUUAUUUAAUGUUAUAUUUAGCUAAUCCCAAAUAUGUGAUGUUGCUGUGUUGGUGGACAGGUUGAGUUUCUGCUUUAAGGUGUGUGUGCGGGGGGUGCAACCAGCUGCUGAAACCAAGCAAAUCUGUUAAGUAAACAAUCGGUGCAAAAUAAAUAAGCAGGGCUGUACCUUAGGCUAACACAUUCAUAACUAAACAGGAGGGCAGGUGUUGCGACCCAAGCCGCCCACACAGAACCCCCCAGGCAGAGCUGCAGCAGCCACAGAGACAGCACUCGAGGUCAGAGUGGGCCACCGUGGGUAAACGCUGUCCGCCCCAUGAGAACCAGGGGCAAACACUCCCCCCGAUGGGAGGGUUGGCCUAAAAGAGUAGAGCCCGAGGACCGAGUAAGAGUAUAGGAGAUGCCCCCGCGCCCAGAGUGGGGCCCACCCCCGGUCCACCACCCCUACACGAGCGGAGCGGGGCCUACCCCAUCGGCCCAACCACAUCCCCUGGCACCACACCGGGCCCUAAAUCUAAACUCUCUCACAACAAACUAGUCAAUCAUACGUGAACCCAUGCACUCGCAGAUACAUUCUCGCACCCACACCAUUCGCUUGAUCUCAAUCGUGGGGAGGGUAGGUCUCCGGGCUGCCGCUCAUGUGGCCCCAGGCAGGGAACGCCGCUCCUCCCGAGCUCCGCCCAACUCCCCCAACCCGGAAGAAGCAGAGGGCAGCGGAAAAGGCACCCCAGAACCCUGCAAAAGAACCAUUGUUUCAAAUUUGGCGGAAUGGGUACGUCGUGUGUGUGGACACCAUUUCACCUCCGUUGGCUUUGAAAACGAGAGUAUAUUUAUUACUGGGCUUGAGGUUGAAGAAGCGCUCCUUUUGUACAAGACGUGAUCCACUUGCUGCUUCCCCAAACGUAAGUACAUGCUUGAUACUUAUUUGAUGUAUGUACUUCAGAAGUUUCAUUGGCUAUUUUCUAGCUUCCCUCCUGUGAAAGGAAUGCUGAUUGCUAGAAGAGUUGAACAGUGUAGAGACAGAGACUGUCAUGAUCUGGGUUUUUGUUCUAGUUGUUUCCUGUUGUCACGCCAUGUCCUGUUUUAUUUUGUUAAACUUCCUGUUCUCUGUCAGCUGUCACUUACCUGUUCCCAGUAUCCACACCUGUCAGUAAUUACGUAAUCACUCUGUGUAUUUAGCCACCACCUGUUCCCAUAGUCCUUUGCCAGAUCGUUGUUUGUGUGUACCCGUCAUAGCUCCCAGUUUCCUUGAUCCUGUCCGGCCGUGUUUUACGUACCUUGUUUCUGGACUGUUGACUCUGAGCCUGCCUUAUCCCUGUCUGUUCUGUCUGCCCUGGUGUUGUACCCGCCUGUUACCGACCUUGCCUGCCUGACCACGAUCUGACGCUCGAUGAUUCUGGUAUUGUAUCUCUCUUGUGUAUGAAUCUUGCCUGUCCCUGAUGUCGUCUCUGCCUAACCGGAAUAAACCACCUUUUAAUCACCGUCAACCUGUGUACGCUGUGCAUUUGGGUCCUCAUCCGAGCGUUCCUGACAGAACGAUCUGGCCACACUUGGACCCAGCCAGCACUCAGCCUCCGGUCAGGCUGAUGCAUUCUAGCUACCGAAAGGCAAGGAGGUUGUUUCUCAAACUGACGCCACUGCAGGCUGUGGACACACGGCUACCUUGUAGAAGAGUUGUUACCCACCUCAGGCGCAAAGCUCUACACAUGCCGUCGGAAAGUACCACACCAGAAAAGAAGGAAGUACAAGAAUGAUGUGAUUGGCUGUUACUAGCCACCUGGCUCACGCAGCAGCGGGCCUUUCCAGAAUAAAAAGAACCAGUGACUGCUUCACUUAAGCUCUGGAAUAAGGACUGAAAUAUGCUUACCAGAGGAUUACCAAGCUGAGGUGAGUCCAGUAUCUGCCACGUAAGGGCUACAGUGAUGCUCUAUGAUGAUGCCAGCAAGCGCUGGAAACCAGCAGGUUCUGACAGUCCUUCCUUCAGCCGUGUUCAAAUCUACCAUAACGCUGUAGCAAACACUUUCCGUGUGGUGGGCCGCAAACUGCAAGCUGACCAGCAGGUAGUUAUUAACUGUCCUAUUGUCAAAGGGAUGAAGUAUAAUCAAGCCACAGCAAACUUUCAUCAGUGGCGGGAUCCCAAACAAGUUUGGGGACUGAACUUUGGCAGUAAAGAGGAUGCUAGUCUUUUUGCCAGGUCUAUGAUGAAUGCUUUAGAGUCCCUGAAUGCACCGGUGGCACCAGGUGUGACUCAAAGUGGACCCUCUGAGCAGGAGUUGGAACACCACAGACGACUUGAGCAACAAAGGCAGGAGCAGCAGGAGAAAGAGUGUCUGGAGAGGGAGAGGCAGACCUCUGCUACAGCCACGAUCCAUCCUGCCCCUCCAGCACCCCCACCACCUCCUGGCCCACCACCUUCCUCUGCACCACCUGCACCUCCACCACCUCCUUCUGGUGGCAUCCCACCUGCCCCACCACCACCCCCUAUUGGUGGAGGUGGAGGUGGUGGGGGUAAUCUGGCUAUGUCCCUUGCAGGAGCCAAACUGCACAAAACAACCAAGUCUUAUGUCAAGGAUGAGGGAGGUGCAGCAGCCCCAGCUCCCAAACCAGCACCCACAUCUGGUGGAGGAGGUGACCUAAUGGGAGAAAUGAGUGCCAUCCUUGCCAGGAGGAGAAAAGCUUCUAAUGCCCCCGCAGCAAAAAAGGAAGCACAUGGCAAUGAUGAUUCUGAGUCCUCAGCUUCAAAAUCUUCAGCAUCUGUAGAAAUCUGUGAAAAUGCCAAGGAAAAAUGUUCCACAAUGCCAAGGUCUAAACCAUUAACCAGCAUUCAAAAGGAAGCCAGCUCAUGCACUUCCUCAAAUUCCACCACCUCCCCAGUGUCCAGGAUGAAGCUCAUGAAGAAGACUGAUGAAGAAAGUGAGACUGAUAUGGAAUGGAUCAAACAGGAAAUACUUGAAGAAGUGAAAAAAGAACUUCACAAAGUAAAGAAUGAGAUCAUUGAGGCACUGACCCAGCAGCUUCAAAGUCCACAGCUCAGGGGCGAUGACUGAAGAUAUCAAGAAUAUGUUAAUCAACUGAUUUUCAGGCAAUUUUCCUGUUUUUAAUAGUAGUUUUCUCAGCAUCAAUAUCUGAUACCUAAAAAAAUUAGUUUUCUUGAUAUCAAGUAUUAAAACCUGUCAUUGUCUUUAACAGAUUACCUUCACUUUAACGCAUCAGUAGCAGGAUAUUUUUAUUCUGUCUUGUCGUCCAUAAAAUCCACAACAUGUUUGCAUGUAUCUGAGAGAGGUCCAUACUUUUUGUUAACAUAUUUCCAUAAAAGGCAGAUCCCUACAGUUAAUGUCAUUGUCAACCAGACUAGAUAUUCAGAUAAUAUACUAGGAAGGCCAACAUUCUCUACUGUAGAAUCCUUAUUCCACUGAAAUAGCCAGCCUGCUAACAUUUUUUAAUAAAUUUUGAGGGUGUUCAUUAGGCAAGCGUGGUAAAUAUGGAAGGCUUCUCCAACUUUCAAAACUAAGUUAUGGUAAACAAAGUGUUCAUGUACCUCAAAAUGAUGUUUAAGUAUGAAAGUAAUUAAUUAUUUAUAAAGUGACAUUUCAGAGUUUUACUUCAUUGUAGAUUAUUAUAAAUGCAUCAGUGUUUAAACAUUGCUUUAUUGUUGGGUAAUCAGCUGGAUAGUCAAAUUAUUAGUGGUGCUUUUUAGUUAUAUUUGUAAUCUAUAGCAUAAUCGCUGUUAAUAUUCUUUACAUUCAACAGUAAUGGUGAGGUACAAGUGUCUUCAAAGUUCUAUUCACCCUUAAUUUUUCAGAACAGUUCUGUACAAGCUCCUUUGUUCAACACAUUUUUAUAUGUUGUUUAUACAAGAAUAAAAAUGUUUACCUAGA